AGGAAAAUACUACUUUACGUCUAUGCACUGUGAAUCACGCAUGCGUAGUGAACCCAAGCUCUACUAAAUUUCAGUUUACUACAAGGUAUAACUUUGCGUACUUUCUCAGUUGACACCUCAGCUAAAUUUAAUGAAAGUUACCCAAAGACAGAAGGAAAGGAGGAUAUGGAGGUCGAAAAACUCAGGAAAGAGGAAACACUCGCUAUGAGGAAAAGGCUGAUUGGGCAAUCGUGCAGACUCUUCUACUCAAGCGACCCAGUGAAAAUAGUCCGAGCCCGGGGACAAUAUCUGUUCGAUGAAAAUGGCAUGCAGUACUUGGACUGCAUCAGUAACGUCCACCAUGUGGGCCACUGUCACCCCAGUAUUACUAAGGCUGCAGCAGCACAAAUGGAUCUCCUGAACACAAAUACUCGAUUCCUGCACGACAAUAUCGUCAUGUAUGCAGACCGCCUGGCUGCCACCCUGCCCGACAAACUGUGUGUCUUUUACUUUGUUAACUCUGGUUCAGAAGCCAACGACCUGGCACUACGCUUGGCUCAGCAGUACACCCAACAUGAGGACGUCAUUGUGCUUGAUCAUGCAUACCACGGGCAUCUUAUGUCCCUCAUCGACAUUAGUCCUUACAAGUUCCGGAAACUGGCAGGACAGAAAGAAUGGGUUCAUGUGGCUCCGCUGCCGGACAUCUACAGAGGCAUAUACAAAGAAAAUAACCCUGACCCAGGCAAAGCAUAUGCUGAUACAGUAAAAGAUUUAAUAGAGGAAGUACACAGGAAAGGUCGUAAGAUCUCUGCUUUCUUUGCUGAGUCAUUACCGAGUGUUGGAGGACAAAUCAUUCUUCCUCAAGGAUACUCAGCUAAAGUUGCAGAGUAUGUGCACGCUGCUGGUGGAGUGUUUGUGGCAGAUGAGGUGCAGACAGGUUUUGGACGUGUCGGCAGUCACUUCUGGGCUUUCCAGCUGCAGGGGGAAGAUUUCUGUCCUGACAUCGUGACCAUGGGCAAACCAAUGGGCAAUGGGCAUCCCCUGGCAUGUGUGGCAACCACAGCAGAGAUUGCCGGAGCCUUUACCGCCAAUGGAGUCGAGUACUUUAAUACGUUUGGAGGGAAUCCAGUAUCCUGUGCAAUUGGCCUGGCAGUCCUUGAUGUGAUAGAGAAAGAGGACCUGAGAGGAAACGCUGUGAGAGUAGGGGCGCAUCUUAAGGGACUGUCCACAGAACUACAAUCACGACAUGACAUCAUUGGAGAUGUGAGAGGUGUAGGACUGUUCGUGGGUAUUGAGCUCGUAACCAACAGGGAGGAGAGGACUCCUGCUACAAAAACAGCAGCAUAUGUUGUGAAGAGGUUGAAGGAGGAGUAUCGAAUCUGUGUCAGCACAGAUGGCCCCUGGGAUAACAUCUUGAAGUUUAAACCUCCCAUGUGUUUCCGUAUGAAGGAUGCAGAACAUGUAGUACAGAGCAUUGAUCACAUCCUCACAGACAUUAAAGCCAAAGACCUUAAACUGGAAAAGGAAGACAUCUAAGUGCCACGUGGUGCCUGCUACAGCACGACUGACCUGGACAAUGAAAAUUACACAGCUCAUACGACAUUAAUGAACUUCUGCAAUUGUUUUAACUUUUAAUCAAUAAACAUUUACUUUUUCCUAAGCUGACUCUUAUCCUCUUUACUAACAGUAGCAAUAUUUUAACAGUCCCACUCAACACUGAUCAGCAACAUGUUGUCAGUACACAGUAUGGUUAAGAUAACUUACCAGACCAAUAUUUUAAACUCCUGGACACAUUCACAAUAAUGCUCAAGUAUCGCAAUUUCACAUCUAGUGGGGUGAGCAUUAACACUCAGCCAGUUAUCCUGCAGCCAGCGAUGCCCACUCCCACAGCUUUCCAAAUAGGCAUCUGUAGAGGUGUUAACAUUACUCAAGACGAAACAAGCAAGCCAUUUAACAGUACAAAACAUUUAACAUUAACUUUACAAAUAAUAACAAAAAGAUCCAUGUGUAAUAUAAACCAAAAGUUUAUUUCUACCAAUUUGCCCAAGACACUAGAGGAAUGAGUUUCCAGUGAGAGAGGGAGUACCCUCUUACAUUAACAGGCUUGCGUUCAGUUGUAUAAUACUAGUAAAGCCACUUAAAAUUGCAGACAUGAUGGGGAAAGAAUCUCCUUAAAAGCAAAAA